UCUUGCACUCGCUGCUGGCGUUACGAACUCGGGCAAUAGCCACUCUCAUGCAGUCAUCAUGGCUCGGAAUCCCUUACUCAAAGACAAGCCUUCAACCAGUAACAACCACUCUGGGAAGAACGGUCGCGACAACGGUGAUUGUAAGUCUUCUCAAUGUCCUCUGUAUGAUCCCACUCGUACUAGGGCCAGAUGAAGAGAUUUUGAAGGCUGCGCUCUAUCGUUAUUCGCAAGAACGUCUUCCACUCCCGCGUCGUAUCAAGCGGUUGGGCCAUGAAUUACAACUGGAUAUUGGUCUAACGCUGUUGAAGAAUCUGAACAAGCAUUUUGGAAUUCCUUCGUCGCGGAAGGCUCCAAAAGGUGUGGCCGCAACACAGCUCGUUCUGAACGAGAUGUCCGAGGAUUCAUCGGGACGGCGUGGCAUUGGUGCUAUGCAAACACACCUUGCAAUUUCUGGCACACCGUUACCACGGAGUGUCAUCCGAGAGGUUGUGCGAACAAAUGACCCAGACGGUGCUGCGGCCCGCUAUCCAGGGCGGAAGCCUCAAGCAAUUCCGCGAGGAAGGCUAGUCGCGCUUGGGCCAAUGUACGAAGUGCAUUGUGACGGGCAUGACAAGCUCGGCGCAUUAGCGCUGCAAAUGGGUGGUGUCGCACUGCCUAUCUACGGUUACAAGGACAAGUGUUCAAGUGUAUGUAUCCAGCUCGUCAUUAUUCCGAACAAUCGGAAGGCAGACGUUGUUGGACAUACGUACUGUGACUGGGUCAGUGAGCUCGGAUGUAUUCCGUUGCAACUCACGUUUGACAAAGGCUCCGAGACUGGCGAGCUCUAUGCUAUGCAGACAGCGUUCCGUGAAGUGUAUGCUCCAGAAAUUGACACGACAACAUAUCCUCCAUGCCACGCAAUGAAGAGUGUCCAUAAUACCCCAAUCGAGAGCUUCUGGCAUGCAUUUCGCCAGCAUACUGGCCGCAACCUGUAUGCUGCAAUCGUACGAGGUAAGGAGGAUGGCAUUUUCCACGUCAAUAACGAAUUACAUGAAUGUCUCUUCUACUGGAUAUGGCCGCAAAUUGUCCAACGGGAGCUAACCGACUUCCGCGACUAUUGGAACAUGCAUAAGCUCCGGGUUCAACGUGACAAACUCAUGCCAUCAGGAACGACACCUACUGACCUCUGGAUUGCACCGGAGGACUACGGACAUGUGCGGAUCAGUAUACCUGUGCCCCGGGAUGCUGUGGAAGCCAUGCGUCGCGAACGGCUGCCCAUAUCCCGUGACGAAGCAUUCAGUUGGGUUGACCACGAGUUUGCAACGUCUGCUGAGCAGGCCUACAGCUCACUUGGGUGCCCACGGCUCAACAAAGAUACUGCUUGGGAGGUCUUCAGUCAGUCAGCCCGCCUCCAAGCAACGCUCCCGCCCAACCUCGUCGCCUCCGUGCAAGAGAAGCCCCCCGAGUUGCUCAAGCACGCCCGCGCGACGUCCCUCUCCGCAGCCGACUUCGCCGCCCUGCGGAGCACGAUCGCGGGCGAGCUCGCGCGCGUGCAGGGUUCGUCCGAGGAGCUCCUCCAGCGCGUGCAGGGGCAGAGCGGCGAGCUCCUCCAGUGUGUCCAGGCCGGCGAACUCCUCCAGCGCGGCGAGGGCCUCUUCAAGCAGGUCCAGGGCGGCGGCGAGGUGUUCCUGCGCGAGGCGGGCGAGUUCCUACGGGAGGCCGUGCACGUUGUCCCGCCCGAGCCGGGCGAAGGCUCCGCAGGAGUGGUCUGGGACAGUACGGACGUGUGGAUGAUCCCGACGUACUCGCCCGCAGCGACGCCGACAGAGGGCGCAGGCAGUGAAUGGAGGAAGGGCGGGCUAGUAUGCUCUCGCGCACUGCGCUGGACCAGGCGAGCUCUUGCUCAUCGCGCGGUUCUCCUCGUCAUACCACGUCGCGCCGUACUUGGACUUGACUCAUCGGUAUACGGCACGCUGUCCCUCGUCGCGCCUGUAUGGCAUGGUGGCGCAUGA